CCUUUCUCAAACACGGCAAUGGCCCGUUAGCCAUGGCCAUCUCAAUUGCAAUGGACGUCUGUCGUAUCGAUACUUAAUCCCAUGAUCCGUCCUCAGCGACUCCCUACACCUUUUGCCAUCAACCCUCAGCUCGCCAGAUCUUUCAGAACUACCAUCCCUCUCGCAAUGAAGCGCAUCAUCGUCUGCUGCGACGGCACCUCGAAAGACGACAACGCAAACUCCGCCGACGACACCAGUGCCCCCUCCAACAUCGUCCUCCUCUCCCGCGCAAUCUCCAUGGUAUCCUACACCGCCAUCCCCCAAAUCGUCUACUACCAACCCGGCGUCGGCACCGCAGACGCCGGCCUCCUCUCCCGCCUCGCACAAUCUGCCCUCGGCAAAUCUCUCGGCUACAAAGUCCGCUCUGCAUACACCUUCAUCGUACACAACUACGAGCCCGGAGACGAGAUCUUCUUGUUUGGGUUUUCGAGGGGAGGGUUUACGGCGAGGAGUGUGGCUGGGUUUAUUGAGUGGGCGGGGGUAUUGAGGAAGACGCAGAUGUAUAUGAAGGAUUUUGAUAAGUUAGUUCUCGAUGAUCCCAAACGGCACUUUGAAACACGGUACCGGAACGUCAACAUUCGCUGUGUCGGCGUAUUUGACACCGUUGCCGCUCUUGGUGUUCCGUCUCUGCGACAUGUUGAUGAUGAGGACGUACCGGAAGCAGCUCGAGAAGCCCAAGCGUUCUUCGAUGUGGAUUUAGGAGAGCACGUCGACUAUGCUUUUCAAGCACUUGCCCUUGAUGAGCACAGAAGGGAUUUCUACCCUGCCGUGUGGAAGAUCUUGAAACCUGAGUACUACAAAGCCCGUACUAAGAACAUUCCUCAGGUUGUUGAACAGACCUGGUUCACAGGUGCUCAUUCGGACAUUGGCGGCAGCUACCUCAUUCACGGUCUUUCAGAUGUUACGCUCAAGUGGAUGGUCGACAAUUGCGACCGUAACGGUCUCCUCGAGUUUGAUCACAAGUUUCUGGAAAGCUGGUAUCAGGACAGCCGACCUGCGGAGCAGUACCUCCAUACUCCUCACGACUCCUCAUACUCAUUUGGCCUACGUCAUGUGAAUCGUCAUCCUGGACUAUUCCCGCCUAGUGGCGAGGAAACCGAGGACAAGGAUUACAUGUACAUCCGACCCUCACAACAGCGUCUUCAUCAAAGCGUGAUCGAAAGACUCAGGAUGGAAGGGUUGCGCGUCAUCGAAGGUCGCUUGCACCCGGAAGAUACGUAUCUCGAGACAUGCACUACAUUGAAAAAAUGGGGUUUGGAUAUGUCAGUCUUGAUUGAUCGAUGCUCGGACAGUCGAGGCUUCAUUUUCCCUCCGCCGGAGGUCGAGAAGAAUCCUGGUGGGCGGGCUGCAACUGCAAGCGACGGCGUUUAAGCCUCAACGUGCGCAACCGCAUAUACACGUAGCCAGGUUGUUGGAUGGAUCGGACGUUGUCUCUCUUACGUGUUUAUCUGUUAGCCAC